AUGGCGGCCGUCAAUCGGAAUAUGUUUGAUGCCAGCAUCAUCACCGAGCGGCCCGGUGGCGCUUCGCUGAUGGUGCUGCCGCUCAACUUGAUCGCCCAGAUCGUAACAAACGUCGAGGAUACCGGUGACCUUGCCCGACUAUGCCGAACAUGCCGCGUCCUCAACUAUAUGGCGCUGCCGCAGCUUUAUCGGGACUUGACCCUCAACUCCUACGACAAGAUUCGUUAUCGCGAUGACCAGCCCGAAGGUAUCGGAAGCGCGAGCCCCUUCACCAUGGGGCUUAAUGCUGUUAUUACACGACCCUUUGCAACAUUAGUACGAUCGAUGACACUCCGCGGGGAUUGGAAAGAACAUGCCUUGGAGGAACAUGCGCAGGUUGGUCGUGUGCCGGACUCUUCAAUGCUCUUGAAUAUCGCCGUCCGAGCGGCGGUGGAUCGCAUGACAAGCUUGGAGAGCUUUAGCUGGGAACUCAACACCAAAAUGCUUGAUACGGUUUAUGCGGGAUUAAUACAAUUGCCUCGACUUCACUCAUUAACAAUACGGUUCCCCUCUACUCGUCAUCCACAACCGACUCACGUUCUCCCUCCCAUGCCACACCUCCGCGCCCUCAAAAUCACCGACAUUGACCCGCUUUGUUAUCCCGACGAUAUCUCAACACUACUAUGGAAGAGCAAGAAAUUGCGCGACCUCCGACUUCAUUGGUCACCUCGAAUGCGCAUAGCGCAGGAGCCAAGUGUUUCUGUACAUGACUACUUCCGAAAAGCCAUCGCAGCCCGGCAACCGCUUUCAUUGAGGAGGAUCUCGUUCCAGAAUAUGUACGCCUUUCAUAGUGAGGAGUUCAAUAUAGCUUUUGAUCCCACAAUGAUGGAAGAUGUCUCAUUCUUGAGUGGGACGGAUUCUUUUGGGUUAACAAAUACAUUCGUGGAGAAUAGCUGGCCAGUAGUACCACCUCACAAACAAUUGAGGAUCAAGUCUUUCCGUGUGGACGCUGUUUCCAAACGAAAUGCAGAGUUCCUGGGGAAUUUCAAGGGACUCGAGCGCAUAUAUUUUGUCAAUGUCACCCCGGACAACCCGGACUAUUUGAAUUCCCCUCGACCAGCAAGCAAUCCUGCCACAUCAGCACUCACACCUCCUAUUUCCGAACACCACAACUUUAAUUUACCGAACAGCACAGCUGCCAACUCCCCGGCCACCCUACAAUCUCCAGUCGGUCAACCAAACCCAGUGCUCAGUGGACGCGAUAGCUACCUAUCAAACAUUACUAUGAACCACGGUGCAUCAUUGCGCCAUCUUCUACUCUCCUCCAAGUGGCCCCUCUCAACCGCCAUGAUUGCACGCCUUGUUCACAGCUGCCCGAAUCUCGAGCAACUGGCUCUUGCAACAGAUGUCUCAAGCAUGGAGUCAGUGGGAAUGCUAGUCCCCUUCCUGCGAAAGCUAGUUGCCAUCCGCCUUCUCAUUCCAGCAGGAUCUCCAGCUCCUCAGUCAGGACCACCACGGAAUUCUCACAAUAGCCCAGCAAACUAUACAGAAAGCCAAUUCAUGAAAGCAAGACAAGUCCACACCAAGGCAUUUUCUUCCACAGGAAAAGUAGUCAAGCUUGCCCCGGAAGUUGAAGAAGCUAUCAGCAAUGCUCGCAGCCUAGCAGAUAUCGUCGACGUAGAUGAUGACUUACUCACAAGUAUGAUAGGCUAUGACCUUGCUGACAAGCAGGUCUUUGGUACUCUUAAGAUCAUGGGAAUUGGCUGGAAAGCAUUCGAACUUCGUGGUUACUACAAAUCUCCAAUGCCGCUUUUCGAAGAAGAAAUGGAAACCCCCAUAGGCCAAACUCCUGAUGAGAACGGCAACGCCGGUAAUCGUGAAAUCGGUGCCACUGUCACGUUCGCCAACACCCCAGACGGACAAGCGUCUGUUUCAAAUUCUACCUCUCCUGAUAUCAACGGCAACCCAGCUACCACCCGCUCAUCUCAUACUCCACAUACACCAGGCGUCAGCAUGCCACCUUCAUCACUGGGGAAGCGCUCUCGAAAUGAUGAGGACGGGGCCUCAGAUAGGCAAUCCCAUGAGGCCCGCGAUUCAGUCCUUCGAAUCGCAAUGUGUGAUUCCAAUGCAAUUUUGGCCGAUGAUGGCCAAAUCUGGAGACGUCAUAUGCGCCGUGUUGGCUGGGAUGUAUUAAAAAAUUGGGAAAUUUGGUCAUUAGAUACGCAAGAUAUAUGA